AUCCACGUUGCAGAAAAGCUUUGCGCAACCGCCUCCCCUGACCACCAAGUCAUACCUUCCUUUCAACGACUCGCACAGACCCGUAAACGAUCUUUCUUUCUCGGCGUGACGAUCAAGGGUCGAUUUUACGGGAAAAUCUCUGGCCAGGAGGCUCGAACCUCUUCCACGUUACGAAACUAUGCGGAUUUAAAGAGAAGAAAAGUAGGUUUCUUGUCGGAGAAAGUGAGAUGUGUUCUUCUUUUUGAUGAGUCUGAUGCUCCGGAGCAAUUUGCGAAACGGUUAAGCAUAUUCUACGAUUGAUCAGAAAGUAUCGCAUUCGUUUUAUGGUUUUUCACAAUGGCUUGUGAGGGGGCAUUGUAGUCUUUGCCUUUUGUUUCCCCACUGGUUGAAUUGUCUGGCAAAUCGGGGCAAAUGUUGACCUUAAAUCUGGGUGCUGAUUCCUCUGUAACCUUAAGCUGGCCAAUCUUCAGUGCCAGUAUAUUUGUACUUGUUGCUCUUGUCCUGUCAAUGUACCUAAUCUUUGAGCACUUAGCUGCUUAUAAUCAGCCGGAGGAGCAGAAGUUUCUGAUUGGGCUCAUUCUAAUGGUUCCUGUUUAUGCACUGGAAUCGUUUUUAUCACUAUUGGAUUCAGGUUCUGCAUUCAACUGGGAAGCAAUUCGAGACUGUUAUGAAGCUUUUGCUUUGUAUUGCUUUGAGAGAUAUCUGAUAGCCUGCUUGGGUGGGGAGGAAAGCACAAUUGAUUUUAUGGAAAGUCAGACCUUAAUCGAUUCCAGCACCCCUCUUUUGAAAGACUCGUACGCUUAUGGAGAAGUAGAACAUCCUUUUCCUUUGAACUGCUUGCUCAGAAAUUGGAAUCUUGGCGCGGACUUCUACCAUGCUGUCAAAAUCGGCAUUGUUCAGUAUAUGAUAUUAAAGCUGAUUUGUGCACUUAUAGCAAUGAUUCUUGAAGCUUUUGGGGUUUAUGGAGAGGGGAAAUUUGAGUGGAGAUACGGCUAUCCAUACUUGGCAGUUAUUCUCAAUUUCAGUCAGACAUGGGCCCUGUAUUGCCUUGUACAAUUCUAUUCCGUAAUUAAAGACAAAUUACAACCAAUUAAACCCCUCGCCAAGUUUCUGACGUUCAAGUCAAUUGUUUUCCUGACGUGGUGGCAAGGUGUUGCUAUCGCAUUUUUGUUCUCCAUGGGAGCCUUCAAAGGGUCUUUGGCGCAAGAGCUAAAAACACGUAUACAAGACUAUAUCAUCUGCAUAGAGAUGGGAGUUGCUGCUGUUGUGCAUCUUUACGUCUUCCCUGCGGUACCCUACAAGAAAGGAGAUCGAUGUGUUCGUAAUGUAGCUGUAUUAUCGGACUAUGCAUCUCUAGGAACACCUCCAGAUCCAGAGGAGGUUCGUGAUUGUGAAAGAACUACUAGAGUUCGCCUGGCUCGGCAUGAUGAGACAGAGAAGCGUCUGAAUUUCCCGCAGAGUGUUCGUGAUGUGGUCCUCGGUAGUGGUGAAAUUAUUGUGGACGACAUGAAGUACACAGUUUCACAUGUUGUUGAGCCAGUUGAAAGGGGACUUGCAAAGAUAAAUAAGACCAUUCAUCAGAUAUCUGAAAAUGUAAAACGUCACGAGGAGCAGAGGAAGAGCACCAAGGAUGAUAGUUUUCUUAUCCCCUUGAAUUCAUGGUCGAGAGAGUUUUCUGAGCUUAAUGAUAACCUUAAUGAAGGGAGCAUCAGUGACAGUGGUUUGGCUAAUGGAAACAGACAACAUUAUCAUCCGAAAGGGACUGCAUCUUUGAGGAGAAGUGGCAGAUGAUGUUCAAAACUGUGGAUUAUAUGAAUAUAGAAGCAACACCUAACCGGCAUUCUGCUAUCAUGUUGGUAGAUAUAUCCACGUCUAAAAAGUCUCCCUGCAAAACCCUUCUCCCCAGGGAGAGAACCUAAUAGGCUAAUAAUACCUUCUAACUCUGAAAUGUAUAGAAAUGAUUCAGUGGAACAAUUGUUGAUGAACAAUUAUUUAAGUUUUGCUGCAGAGUCUGCUAGGCUGAAGAGACGCAUCAAUUUUCACUGUAAAUGGAGGAUACUUCAUUUUUAUCAGUUCUGUAAAUUGAGGAUACUUAAUUGUUAGCAGUUCUGGAAAUCAUACAGAUUUUGGCUUUACAAGUGAAGUUCAGUUGUUUCAA